AAAACGAUGCAUCUUUUUCACAAAGUUACAUUUCGCUCAAAUAAAGACGUGUUAAUGCGUCAUAACAUUAAAAAGAAUUGAGAUCAUGCCGGAUUUGACUGUAUUUGAGACCAGGGUAUCAGUCUCUUGUGUAUACUUGGUUAUUAUAUUAUAUCUAAGAGCCUCUCUCUGACUCUACAGCCAAAAUCGAGUACAUUAGGAAAAUUCUUAAAGACGGAAGUGAGCACUCCUGUUUCUCGACCAAGGCUGUGAGCGCUGCGCAUGUAUGUCAGUUUUUGAAUGUUUAUUUACUUGUGUAAUAUAUGCCUAUGAGUUAUUCCCGAAGAUACAGAGCUUUAAUCUGCCUCUUAGUUUAUCCAGCUGCGGAAUGGCAGCGGCAGCAGAAGCGACGGAGGACCGCAGCGGCGGAGCGCUAACAGGUGACGGGGAACCUGAGGAGGCCGAGGACUUCACCUGCUCGGCCUAUUGCUCCGAGCUCUCCCGGCGGCAGAACGAGCAGAGGAAGUCGGGGCUGUUCUGCGACGUGACCCUGGUUUUCAGCUCCGGAGGGGUGUCUGAGGAGGAGAGGGUCCAAACCUUAUCCGCCCAUCGCUCGGUGUUAUCCGCAGCGUCGCAGUACUUCACGCUGCUGCUGGGCGGUGACUUUUCGGAGUCGCUGUCAGGGCGAGUGGAGCUCAAAGAAUGGAGCUCACCGACGGGACCAGACCCAGAAACUGUGGAGAGUGUUAUACAGUUUAUGUACACUGGACAGAUCAGGGUGACUACUGCCAAUGUGCAUGAAGUGUUGGAAGUGGCUGACAGGUUCCUGUUGACCCAGCUGAAGACCUUCUGUGGAGAGUUUCUGAUGAAGAAGUUGAAUUUAUCCAACUGUGUAGCAGUGCACAGCCUCGCCCACAUGUACACCUUGGACCAGCUGGCCCUGGGAGCAGCCAAGACGAUUAGAAGAAACUUCCACAAAAUAAUCAGCAACGAGGAAUUCUUCACGCUGCCAUUUCACCUGGUCCGGGACUGGCUGUCAGACUCAGGAAUCACUGUGGACUCUGAACAGGAGUUGUUUGAGGCUAUAGUAAAAUGGGUGCACCAAAACACAGAGGAGCGAGGGGGGCAAUUUGAGGAGCUGUUUAGACUUUUACGGCUGCCUCAGAUUUCUCCUACUUACCUGUCCCGGGUGGUGAGGAAGGAGCCUUUAGUGGAAAACAAUGCAGCCUGUCAGCAGCUGGUGACAGAGGCCCUCGAGGUCCACGCUGUUCACUUUGAGAACCUCAAAUCAGCUGAUUUGGAGCUCUGUGCCUCCUAUACGGCAGCCAUCCAGCCACGUCUCGGCCAGAACAUGGAUGUAAUAAUGGUAGUGGGUGGUGUUUCAGAAGGCGGGGACUAUUUGAGUGAGUGUGUGGGCUAUUUUGUCGCUGAGGACCGGUGGGUAAACCUGCCCCACAUUCACAACCAUCUUGACGGACACGCUAUCGCAGUCACUGACAGCCAUGUUUAUGUGGCAGGUUCAAUGGAGCCAGGUUUUGCCAAGACUGUGGAGCGCUUCAACCCCAACCUUAACACCUGGGAGCAGGUCAGCAGUCUAACCACCCGCAAGCACUCCUUUGGCCUCACAGGUGUCAAAGACUUACUCUACAGCAUCGGUGGGCAUGGCAACUUCAGUCCAGGCUUUAAGGAUGUUACGGUCUACGAGCCCGAGCAGGACGAGUGGCACAAUCUGGAGCCAGCACCCAAGAUACUAAGAGAUGUAAAAACAGUGAGCAUAGAGGACCGCUACAUCUAUGUGAUGGCCAGGACUCCUGUAGACAUGGACAAUGAGGACGGACUGAGCACAGUGACCACCUGCUACGAUACAGAGAGUCACAAGUGGCAGGAAGUGGACUCCUUGCCGCUUCUUGAUAAUUACUGUAGUUUUCAAAUGGCUGUCGCAUCCACCAACUUCUACCACACAGCGUCUUGUUGCUCAAAGAGCUACAAGGUAACACUUCAGGAUGCUCAGCAGACAGUAAGCAGAAAUAUCUCUGAGGACAUCCUGGACAGCCUCCCUCCAGAGGUCCUCAGCAUGGAGGGUGCUGCUGUUUGCUACCUGGGUGAAGACGUUUUCAUCAUUGGCGGCUGGAGGAACUGCAACAACAUGGACAAGCAGUACCGCAAGGAGGCCUACCGUUACUGCGCUGAGAGGAAGCGCUGGAUGCUGCUGCCGCCAUUACCUCAGCCCCGCUGCAGAGCCGCAGCCUGCCACGUCCGCAUCCCGUACCAUUUUCUCCACGGCUGCCAGCACUACCCCAUGCCCCAAAACCUGGCUCGGCAGCGGGACCGCAUGCAGCAGAUGCAGCAGCUCCACCGACGCACCCUGACUCUGCGCAGACAGCUGCAGUCUCAAAUCGAAUGUUGAGAGAUUGUUCUAGAUAGCACUUAAUCUGCUGAUACAUGCCUCGCUGUUACCACGUAACUUUUGUCUUAUUUGUUGCCUUUAUUGAGGUGGAAUGUCUGCAUGGGUUGACUUGGGGCUGGUUAAAAUACAAAUUAUAUAUAAAGACUAAACCAGAUGUGCUAUUAAUUUAUCUAUAUCACAUUUUGAUUUUUGCAUUAUUAACCUAUGCCUUACUUUUACUCUGCCAGUAAAUCAAACUGAUUGUUGUCAUUUCUGAAAAUCUUGACGUCAUCGCGAAAAAAACUUAGCCCAGCUUUAAGUAAUUUGUGUUCACACCUGCUGAUGUCAACAUGUUGUGGUGAAAAACUGUUGACAGUGACACCUUAAGGUUUAAUUAUAAUGUUGUGGUUGGAUCUAAACUUUAAAGUCGUUUUGGUCUAUGUUUAUUGUCAUGUUAGUUACAAAAGUAUUGUUGAUUAUAGGUGAGUGGAUAAUUAACUUACUGUAACAACCAGCUGGGCUUGAACUAUUUUACUCCUUCUGCUACUUGUAUUUAAUGUCUCUUCUACCUCCAGUUUCAUGCUUUUUUUUUGCACUUAAGGGUUUCAAACAUGUAAAUAAUAUUGUAUAUAGUGCGUAUGUUAAGUGUGCCCUCCUUAAAACGGUCAAUUAUAUUUGUAGCAAAACGUAAGUAUUCCGCAGAGCUCAUAUUGAGGAAUUUAUGUUCUCCCCUUGCUUUCUAAAUUCCUGCACUAAAGAAAGCACACCACUUUUUCAUAUUUUACAACACUUUGCCAUUCCAAUGGAUGUGUAUAAAAUGGAAUGAUUUAUUUUAACCACAUUUGCAUAAUUAGAUUUUACAGCUGUAUUAUUUAUUUAAAUCUAAAAUCCCUUGUCUCUGUCGAUGUUGUUGGGACACUGACUUAUGACUCAAGUGCUUUAAGAAACUGGCUUUGUGGCCUUAUUUGGUUUCUUGCCUUUGUGCUUCUCGCAGAAUUGGCACUAUGUCUUACUUUGUCUUAUGUUCCCAACUGUGCCAGAAAGCCACAGCUGCUUGUUAUUAAUACACUGGAAUUCGCUGUUGCCUGCACUAAAAGGACUUGAUUGUUAACUUAAACAUUGUAAAGUGUCGCUUUUUUUGUUUUGCUUUCUGUUAAUAGUAUCUAAUAAGGCUUUGCUCGCCUAACAGUGUUUCACUAACAUACUGUUCGUAAAGUCAACCGUAGAAAUUGGUCAGUAUGUGGAGGUUAUCAUUUUUCAAGAGUUUGUUCUCAAAGAUCUCAAGACCCUGUUCUCAUAUAGUCAGAUUGUGUUCAAUGGCAUUAGACCAGGGGUGUCCAAACUACGGCCCGGGGGCCAAAUGCGGCCCGCAGGCCAUUUUGAAUCGGCCCUCAGCAAUUUCUAAAAGUAUAAUGAAUAUGGCCCACAAAUUAAACUUUUGCUUGUCUUAUAUUGUACUUCUCAAAUAUAUAUAUUCAAAUAUAUUAAUGAGCCCAAUUUUCAAAUAAAUUCAGUCAUUUAGAAUUUAAAACAUUUUCUAACAAAUCUUAGUUGAUGAAAAAAAAGCCCAGUAACUUAUUUUUAUAACAAGCUUGAAAUUUAACCUUCAUAGUUACUCUGAUUAUAAGCAAUCUGAGGCUUCUGUUUUAAGGAAUGAGCUGCCAACAAAAUAAAUGAAACCCUAAAAAGAGAUCAAAGUCAAAAGUCAAAGUCAGCUUUAUUGUCAAUCUCUCCACAUGUACCAGACAUACAAAGGAAUUGAAAAAACGAUUCUCUCUAUCCCCCAGAGACGGGAUGUAGGCUGUUUUUUCCUUAAACCAUUUGAAAGUAUCAUACAUUAUUCACCUACAUUUGAUUUGUUUUGCUAACAUAACUUAACAUAUUAGGCAAUAUUCACCUCUAUAAGUGGCCCAGCUCUCCGUAUUUGUCUGUAUGCGGCCCUCGGUGAAAAAAGUUUGGACACCCCUGCAUUAGACUAACCAGGUUGCAAGUUUUUUUUUGUCUUUCUGGGUAUUGAUAUGGAUUUGUGAAAGUUUCAUUCCAUUUGUAUGUGCAAGAGCAAGAAAGUGUACUGACAUUUGCAAUAAAUAAAUAAAACGUUGUCAUCUUUU